GAUGUCUAGGGUCUGUCAAAGCUGGAAGCAAGUUGCUUCAGAAACAAUGUUGUGGAGAGAAGUCAAUUUAUCGACAAUGAGCAUUGAAUGUCCAAGAUCUGCUAUCGACUCCACGAUUGUAAAGUUAGCGGUGUCACGACUGAAAACUGUCAGAGAAUUGAACCUUGAUGGGUGGAGUGAGUUGACAGAUGUAGGACUGAAGGCCAUAGGAAAACACUGUCACUCUCUGCAGUCCAUUGUGUUAUCCCAGUGUGGGAGUCUGUCGUCGAAGGGUAUCUCUACUUUGGUUUCAAAGUGUCGCCAGCUGAAGAUGGUCGAUGUCGCUAUGACAAAGAUUGAUAUCGCAUGUCUCCAUCGUGUAACUAAGCGAUUAGGAAAUCAGCUGGAAGAGCUUUGCUUGAUGAACUGCAGUCGGUUGGGAGGCGAACAAGUUCUUCCUAUAAUACAGGAGCGUUGUCCGAGCUUGACUGUCCUUGAUUUAACUGGUACCAAUAUCAGAAAACUUAAUGUAGAAAAGCUUCAGGCUGGUUGUCCAAAGCUGAAAGAACUGUUCCUUGCCAACCUACUUCUUCACUCAACUCCUAUAAGCACUGAUGUGGAACAGAAUGGGUUUCCCCAACUAGAGACACUUUGCCUGGCCUGUGGUUGUUUUGCAGGGGUCCCAAGGGUUGAUCGCUUUUUGUUCAGACUCUUGAGAACCUCGACCAAUCUCAAAAAGCUAGACGUGAGAGGAUUACAGAGAAUCACCCCUGAAGGAUUACAGAGUUUACCAGUAACUUCUCUUACGGAGUUGUUUUUCUCGGACACACACGCUACAUUUGCUCUGAUGUCAGCCGUCAUUCAGCAGUGGCAUCAUAGUUUGGAGAUUUUGGACAUUUCCUCCAACAGUGGUGUUAGUGAUGAGUCUAUGGUGCUAUUGAAAAACUCUGGAAUGCCCAAGCUGUACAGUUUAGAUCUUAGUAGCACAAAUGUUACAGCCGAAGGUGUGAGAAAAGCUUUAAAUGCCAGCCCAAGACUCAGGCAUUUAAAUUUGACGUCAUGUCGUGGAGUUCCCAGAGGUCUGAAGCAGUGGCAUGGCGGAGCUAAAAUUCAAAGUUUGUUGACUACAUUGGAAGAACUGGAGUCUGGGGCGAACAGCGAACAGCGACGAAGCGGGUGA